AUGUCCGCCGAAAAAUCGAUAGCUGUUUCGCAGCCGAUCUACGUGGACACCGAGCACAUCGACGAGUACACCGAUCUGCCGGAUCCGCACGACUUUCUCGAGUUCAAGGACCACUCGCAGCCGGCGUUGUGCAUUAAACCGGCGCUUCACACAGUCUCGAACAGUGCCAUGACUCAAGGGAUCGUGGAGGAAGAGGCUGCGGUAAGUUGGAAUUGAGUUUGAAAUGCGCUCUCACUAAUUCCGUUCACAUUUUCAGUAUUAUCUGCCGGUUCAAAUCGGAAUCAUGGGCUUCUGGCGUCUGAGCUCAUCGAACAACCUGUCGGAGUACCUGGCCGACAUCCCGGAGGCCGAAGAGAUCGAAGACGCGCUGCACCGCGGAUACCAGUACUUUUCGUUCAACGGCCGCUUCCUCUCGUCGCACCUCCAGCACGGCGAUCGUCAAUUUCUGGAGCACAACACGUGGCUCGGAUUGGCCAUGUCGAACAGCCGCUACUCGCAGACGACGCUCGUCGAGGGAAACAGUCUGAACACGAUCAACUACAGUAAGACGGAUGGAGCGGAGAUUGCGAGAGAGAAUCGAUUCAUCGAUCAGUACGACCGUCUUCACAUGCAAGGCUACCGGAACGGAGUGUACUGCACCCGAGUCUACGAGCGAAUCGGCGAGAUUCAAGAGCUGCCCGUCGAGAUGCUGUUGCCGGGCGAGUGGAAGAAGAUCAGCACGAUGAACUUCGAGCACUUCUUCCAAGUGAACCAGUAUUCGCCGGAGGAGAAGGCCGUCUGGGCUCGCGGUAACGUCGUGUUCUUCCUGAACGCCAUGCACUUCACCACCUACCACAAACUCGACGGACAGCACGUGCACUACUACUCGACGCCGCUCGACGCCGUGACGGAUGCGGACGCGGACGCGGACAACGGCGUGACGGAGAAGAUGACGUCGGUGCACGGACGGACAGUGCACACGGAGUGCUUCGAGAAGGGCGGCUCCGGACGCCUGCUGCACACCACGUACCACUCGGUCCGCGGCGGCACUCUUUACGUGACGAGGGAGCAGAACGGCGAGUGCUUCACGUGUGUCUACGAGAAGAUUUGAGAGCGGCGAGCUCGAAAACGAAUACUGUACCGUAAGAAUGUGUACCACUUGAUAUCAUCGUAUCGAAUCAUCUGCAAGAUCAUCUUUAUCUUUUCCUCUUCAUCCAAAACGAAUAAACGAUUAUUAUUUUUAUCAAUGACUCAUUUAUUGUGCCCCCUCUCUCCUCCUCCUCGCCGCCACCCCACAAUUCCGGUUUGCACAGUUCAUUCAUUCGCUCUCGACUCUUCUCUCUUCUUUUCUCGUCGAAAUUCACCGAAUAUCGAUGAGACGCAGACGGUGUUUAACUUGCAAAUACGGCAUCCCCCCCACCGUAUUGGUUUUUUGUGUCGAAUUCGAAUUCGAAUUCGCUCAUCACAAAUGUAAUGUUUUCCAUCCGACUCAUUUUUUGUGCGCUCCUCAUCAGAUCGACAAUAUCGCAACUCGUUCCGUUUGAAGACUAUUUGUGUGGAUCUGGCGCUCUUUCCACGACGAUUUCCUACACUUCUACCUAUCUAUGUGACCAAAUUCAGUGUGAGUUUUCUGGGAAAUGUACAAUAAUGAUACAGUUGCGGAUGGUCCCCCUUUGAGCGUGCGCAACUAAGUUCAAAGCUAUAAUAGAAUUCCGAAACAGUUUAGACAAACUCUAUACACCUAGUACUUUAUUUUUCCAGUUGACCACUUUCUUAUACGACCACCCGGAAGAGGACUGUAGCUCAUUUUGGAGUGACACAAUUGACCGUAAAUUGAAGACGAUGUAUCUCAGCUGUCUGCAGAGAUAUCAAAAUGGUGUCAACUGAAAAAGUGUGCGCAAUGUCUUUUUGAGCAUUUUAUCAGUUGACAACUUCUUGAUAUCUCUACAGACAGCUAAGAUACGUAGUUUUGAAUAGACGAGUCCGUGACAAAAGGUCGGAAAGCCAAAUGGUCGGAAAAAAAUGACAAAAGGUCGGAAAACAGGUCUUUUAGCAGUCUCUUAGCAGUUUUUCCGACCUUUUGUCUUCCGACCUUUUUGGUUUUCCGACCUUUUGUCACGGACUCGGUAUUUCAGUAUUUACUCAAACUUUCCGGAUUUGUAGUACUCCUAGAAGAGGUCGGAUGAGAAAAUGGUCAACUAGAAAAAUGUAGUACCAGAUGUCAAGAUUGCACUUACACAUUUUCAGCCUCAGAUAAGACUUCUAGGGCUUUCAGCACUUCCAACAUGCCUUUUCCAGUAAACCAGUGCUGCAUGUACCACGAUCUCUGCUACUCCAGCUGCGUACUGCCCCAAAUGGAGUGCGACAAUCAGUUCUGCGAGUGUCUCGCCACGAUCAUCUCGAAUCCGUUCUGCGAAACAAUCGUCUUUCCGACGCACUGUAACUUUGCGCGUCUCUUUGGAAAUCUGUUCAUUUGUCCGAUGAUGGGAUGA